UUGUCUUUUAAACAAGCCAAAAUUUCUUUUGUUUUGCCAGUGAAAUCACUAAAUAACCGCGAAACGUCAAAAGAUUUAUCAAAAGUACAGACACCCCCGCUUAGCUAUAGAGGUGGACAAAGGUCAGAGUUCAGCGGACAACGGAUAAAGCAAAAGCGUGGCGCGAAUAAAGCUGGAAACUAAAGAGGAUUCCGCAACUGACCAUUAAUUGGAUUAGCGUCACCACUAGCAUCGACGAAAAAGCGGGAGCAAGGGCCAUUAAGGUCUGGCACAGCAACGUGACCGAACCCAGGUGGUCCUAAUUCAAGGGCAACCCAGGGACAGGACAAGCUCAAGGACCAUAAUUAACCUUGGAAUUGAGGAGUCGACACCCACAGCCACAACAUUCAGAGGUACAUCAGCAACAGAAAUCCUUGGACACGACGAUACCGGCAAGCAGAAUCAGUGGCAUCGGCAACAUCAACGACUCUGGCUUGGUUAUGCCCAUCGCCUGCCCUGGUACGCGGGCCGGGAACUGGGACUCGGGCGCUGCCUGCAGUCCAUCGACACGCUGAGGCUUACAUACGGCCAACGCCCUCAGCAGCUGGCGCUGGCCAUGUCCUUGCUGGCAUACGGCGAACACGGGGAGUCCAGCGACACGGACAGUCCCGCAGAGGCGGACGCCUUUGUCGACUUUACGGCCAUGCUACGGCAAAGGCAGCGGGAAUACGGCUGGUUUGGUUGCGGUAGCAAGAUGCAGUCGGAGCAGUCCGACGAAGGCUACUACCUGGAGCAGUAUGUCCUAGGAGUUCUCGACUUCAGCUCGCAGUAUGGGAUCGAUUAUAGCAUCUCGUAUACGGCAGCAAAUGUGAUUGGCAGGCCAACCAAAUUCCCCGCCUACGGCGACUUUCCGGAGACUUUUCCCAUGGUGAGUCCGUUUGGCCCAUGCAGAACGACCCGUUUAGAGUUUCCCUUCAACUCUCGCCCGCAGCGCACCUACGGCGACUGGUGGCAGCGGGCUCCGUCGGCCACACGGGAGAUUCAGCCCCAGAAUCUGCCAAAGCUGGAGACACACGAUUAUAUUGUUGUGGACUUUGAGGAAUUUGUGGUGCCGACAGAAGUAGCCAUCUUUGAGACCUUCAAUCCAGGCGCAGUAGUUCGCAUUUGGGCUUAUGGUCUCACCAAACACUGGACAUGUCUGUGGGAGGCAACGGAAAGUGAUUUAGCACGACCAAAGUUGGAUUCGCGUCGCUUUGCUCCGGCUCUCAAGAAGACCACGAUGGUAACGAAAACGUUGCGCAUCGACUUUAAUCAUAGCCAACUGAACUACUACACGGAGAUCGAUGCCAUCAUGCUGUGCGGCCGGACGGUAUCCAAAACCCAAAACCUUUUAGUUAAGCAGCAUCAGCUAAAACAACAGUUGCAAAGCCGGACGCUGGUAUCACCGCAACCAGAAGCUGUCGGAACUCCUACUCCUUCCGAUGGCAAAGGCGGGUCCAUAAGCAAUAAGCUGCGCACGUUAAAAUUCCAGCCGAACUGCGGCGAAAAUGGUGCCACCAAGUUGCAUGAUUUUAUCAACAACGAUCUGAGCCAGUUCCUAAUGGACAAUCGUGUGGAGGGCGCGGAGAAGCCGUCACGAAUCUGCCUUACGGAUCUGCCAUUUGAAAUCCUUCUGCGCAUACUUAGCUACCUGGAUCUGAAGUCUUUGUUCCGUGUGGGCCAAGUAUCUCGCACCUUCUAUGACAUCUCCACACAUCCGCUUCUGUAUGCCGAGCUUAGUUUGAAGCCCUACUGGCAUGUGGCCAGUUCAGAGCUGCUGUGUACGCUGGCCCGUCGGGCCACCAUGUUGCGUAAGCUGGAUCUAUCAUGGUGCGGCGGUCUCGGUAAUGUCUCGCCCACCGAGUUCAAAAAAUUUCUGACCCAACGCGGCGAUAAUCUUACCCACCUGCGGCUGAACUCCUGCAAAUUCCUCAAUGCCAGCUGCAUUGAGAACGUGGGCAUAGUCUGUGAUAAUCUAAUAGAGUUGAGCCUGCGCAACUGCGCUACUGAUCCGCCGCUGCUAAAUUUCUCCUGUCUAGCCAAUCUCAAGAAUCUGGAGCGUCUUGAUCUCUUCCAGACGGCCUUUGAAACGGAAUUGCUGCUCAGCAUGCUCGAGGGCAACCGUAAACUGAAGCACCUGAAUCUUGCAUUCUGUGGUGUUUCGGUGAAUAUGGACAAUGUGGCCGCCCAUUUGGCCACGUAUAAUACGCAGCUGAUAUCUUUGGACUUGUGGAAGGCGCACUUCCUCUCAGCCAGAGGCCUACAGUCGCUGGCUCGCUUGCAUCAGUUGGAGGAGCUCGAUUUGGGCUGGUGCCUGAGGGAGGCAUCGCUAGGAGAUGGCCUGUUCCAGCUGCUGACCAAUUGUCCGAAAUUGAAGAAACUGUUCUUGUCAGCGGUGCGAGGAACCACCGAACGCGAUCUCAUGCAUAUUGCCGCCUUGGGCAAGAAUUUGGAGCAACUGGAUCUCAUGGGCAUUCUGAACAUAACACAUGAGCGGAUUUAUGACAUUCUGGUUCACUGUCCCAAGCUUCAACUGCUUGACCUGAGUUUUUGCGAUAACAUCGUGGAUCGGGAUUACGAUCUGUUGUCGGAAUGGUCACGUUUAUUUAUCGUGGACAUCAAGAUUAGUCGGCAUCACUAGCCCGGAAAUGGGGACAAUGGAGUCCAGUCCUGAUAGCUAAUAUCCUUAGUACCAUGAUAAGUGUACUUUUAGAUUCUAUAUAUGUCACUCUCUAUCUGUUUUUAGUAAAAUGUUAUCUACGUACUGUUAAAACUAUGGAAAAUUUGAUAUUAAACAAAGUGAUUUUUUAAUCACUUAACUUAA